AUGGACGUGGCCGUACCUUUGGUCGACACCUUGGUCGCUCCAUUGGCUUUGGCGCCUUCUCUAUUGAACACGACCGCUUUGGUCGCUUUGAAAGAAGGUCAGUCAUUCAUGACCCAUCCAAGGCGAUUCGCGUUGUCGUUCCCGAUCGGGCUCGAGGCUCGGCCAGGGGGAGCGGAGGGGCUAAAGGGGGCUGGGUCGUUACAUGAGAGGGAGAAGGGGCGGAAUUGCUGACGAGCAUCCAUUUGUGUUUUGAAAAGAAAUCAACCCGGAGACAUGUGAAUUGUUGGGGCCGUUCGCUUUGGUUGUUCAGGUGAGUUGGGUGGGAGCAAGUGUUUUGUAGAAGGCGGGGGGGAGGGAUGACGACGGAUGAUGUGAACACCGCCGGCGACGCACGUUACCCCGCCUGACGCCAAGAGAGACGGGCUAGGGUACACGCAUCAGAGACAAGACUGACUCACUCCAUCGAAUUCCAUCCGUUCACUUCCCACAGGCCAUCAUGGGCGUCGUCGUGGUCGGGUCGUUGUUGCUCAAGCGAGCGCACGAGAAGCCACGACGAAGGUGGAAGGUCUGGCUCGGCGACGUCGGCAAGCAGAUCGUAGGACAGGCGUUUGUGCAUUCGUCCAAUGUCGCUAUAAGUGGUCAGUACAUUCUAGAACGGCGGAACGGGGGGGAAAUUGGAAUUUCUCCGCUGACUCGUCAACUCUGGCGGAUCCGUGCUCAGACUUGAUCGCUCGCCACAAACUCGAUAACCCUUGUUCGCUCUACGCGCUCAACAUUUUCAUCGACACGACCUUGGGUGUCUUGAUCGUCUAUAGCUUUCUGAGGAUCUCGACCCAUAUCCUCAAGCAAUAUUCGCCGACGUACAAGACGGGCUAUUACGGCAACCCAUUCCAAUUCACUUUCUGGGCUCGGCAGGUUAGUCCCAGAGCCCAGCCCAGCCUAAGGGACGUCACAGUGGCUGAUGAUGAAUUUUGCUCUGGACCGCCCAGGCCGCCGUCUACGUCGGUUGCCUCACAGCGAUGAAGAUCGUCGUCCUCCUGCUCUUUUGGGCCUUCCCGACCCUCUUCGUCUUCGCCAACUGGUGCCUCUCCUGGCUCGAAUCCGACGAAGCCCAAGUCAUCGCCGUCAUGCUCAUCUUCCCCAUCAUCAUGAACCUCUUUCAAUUUCUGAUCACGGAUUCUAUUUUGAGGAGUAAGGAAGUGCCUUUGGCUACUGGUGGUGGCGGUGGGGAAGGACAUGAAGGAAACGGGGAGGAUGAGGAGAGGGGUUUCUUGGAGGAUCAUGACGGGGAUCGUGACGAGGAGGAAGAGGAUGCCAAGCAUCUUGCCGGGAGAGGGAUACUCCAUGCCGCGGGUGCAGGUGAUAGUGGCUAUGAUACGGUCACGACUUUGACGUCCUCGAUGGGGAGCACUCCACCACCCCUCGGAUUACAAACCGAUGGAUUAGGUCGGAAUCGAAGAGGUUCUUUCGUAGGCGGCAACUCUACUUCGCCUCAUCAACAGCUUGGAUCGGGGUUGGAAAGGAGGCUCAGUCCUUCGAUCGCUUAUCCACCUUCGAUGACGUCGUCGGCCAAGAGGAUCGUGGUACCGGUAAGGAUCGAAACGAACAGUCAAGGUGUUUCGCCGAUAGCGAGGACGGGGACGCCGGCGAGUUAUUUGAUACCUCCUACGACGACGGCAGUGGGGAUGGAGAACCCGAAGCAAGAGGAAGAGGAUGAUUGGGGGGACAACUUUUCCAUUUUAAGCGAGGAGGGCGAAGUGGGUGGGAACGCGAAGACGGAGAAGGAGGGUCAGAAUCAGGACCAGGAACUUGGUCGAGGAUCGUUAGAACGAGCGAUCAACGAUCUGUUGGCGAAUGAUCAAGAGGAGGAGGGGGGGCAUACGAAGGUGUGGAACGAGAAGCUAGCGAGCCCCGGUGAGAUGAGGGGGUUGGAUCGGAUACGGACGACGACGAUCGACCCUCUGGCGGUGGGGGAGGAGGAUGAGGAGAUCGCGGAGGGGUGGGGUUUGUGA